GAGAGGGCAGGCUCACAUAUAGUUAAGAUGAAUUGCUGUGAACAAUGGAAGCCUAUUGUUGCCAUGUUGGUCAUAAACUUUGCAUUGGCUAUGGUUAAUGUACUUUUGAAGAAGACUUUGGAUCAAGGAUUGAACCAUUUGAUUAUUGUUACUUAUCGACAGUCGAUUUCUGCUGUUUUCUUGGCACCUAUUGCCUUCUUUUGGGAAAGAAAAAGCAGACCGGAGCUCACAUUUCGAAUCAUAUGCCAACUUUUCUUCAGUGCUCUUAUUGGGGUAACAUUCACACAAUACUUAUUUCUUAUUGGACUUCAAUACACCUCUGCGACAUAUUCCUGUGCCUUUAUCAACAUGGUGCCUGUUUUCACCUUCCUAUUGGCUCUACCGUUUGGGCUAGAGAAAGUGAACAUAAAGAGCAAGGGUGGCAUAGCCAAAAUCCUGGGUGCGCUGAUAUGUAUUGCUGGAGCUUUGUCAUUGACAUUGUACAAAGGAAUGCCACUAACAAACCCUAAUUCACAAGACACAACUCAAAUGCAAAACCAUGUCAAUACCAUGACUUCAGCUAAGAAGACAGGGAGGUGGGCAGUUGGUUCAGUGCUUUUGCUGGUAGGCUGCCUCUUGUGGUCUUCAUGGUUCCUCAUACAAGCAAAAAUUGGCAAGAGCUAUCCUUUUCAAUACUCCAGCACCGCUAUCUUGUCGUUUUUCGGUGCCAUUCAGGCAGCCAUCUUGUACCUUAUCACUGAGAGGAACCUCACCAUGUCAAUGUGGGCUAUGAAGGGAAAGUUGGAGAUCUUAAGUGUCACAUAUGCUGGAGCAGUUGGGUCAGGGUUGUGCUACGUAGGGAUGUCAUGGUGUGUGAAGCAAAAGGGUGCGCUAUUCACAGCAGCAUUUACACCCACCAUUCAGAUAUUUGUGGCUAUGGUGGACUUCUCUUUCUUUCAUGAACAAAUUUAUCUUGGAAGUGUGGUGGGAUCUGUCCUGGUCAUAAUUGGCAUGUACAUUUUACUGUGGGGUAAAAGCAAUGAUCCAAAGUUAAUUGUGAUCAAGCAUACACAAGCAGCUGAAGAUGAAGAUGCAGAAUGUGGUCCAAUGCCACAAAACAAAUAACCUUCUGUAAUUUUAUAUUUUUACUUGUUACCAUAGUGAUCAGCUCAAUGUUGGAAGACUAUCACCAAUUCAAAUAAGACAGCAGAAUUUGCAACCUCUAAACUGUCUGGCUUUAAUAUUUUGGUAAUCCAUAAGCUGGAUUGCCCUUUGGUAAAGAAUAAUUUUAGAUAGUGGCGAUUUUAGGAUUAUUAGCACAAGAGCUCAUGGUGUAAAAGUGGAGGCACAGGCACAGGCACAGGCACAGCACGGAGGCAACCCUUAGGCGACACCCGGGGACAAAAGCAAAAACCAAAGGGAUUAAAGUGGCCAAAUUGAAAUUACAAGGACUUUUUUUAUCUUUUUUCUGAUAAAAGUGAUAAAACACAUAAAUCAAAAGUGACUUUUUGCAUUAUUUAUUUAUUUAUUAA